UUCCCACAACGCCCCGCGCUAGUAUAGAAUCCGGUUUCCCAUAAGCCUCUCUUCCUUUUCGCCGUUGGAGUUGCCGGGGCUGGAGCUGUAAUCGCCAUUAUGAAGGUCGAGUUGUGCAGCUUCAGCGGGUACAAGAUUUACCCGGGCCACGGCCGCCGCUACGCGCGCACGGACGGCAAGGUCUUUCAGUUUCUUAAUGCAAAAUGUGAGUCAGCUUUCCUCUCCAAGAGAAAUCCUCGUCAGAUCAACUGGACUGUUCUGUACCGGCGCAAGCACAAGAAAGGGCAGUCAGAAGAGGUGCAAAAGAAGCGUACUCGACGUGCUGUCAAGGGCCAUAGGGCAAUCACAGGUGCUUCUUUGGCUGAAAUAAUGGCCAAGAGAAAUCAGAAGCCUGAAGUGCGAAAGGCCCAAAGGGAGCAAGCCAUUAGAGCUGCCAAGGAAGCAAAGAAGGCUAAGCAGGCAACGAAGAAGACAGUACCCUCCACAACAAAGGCACCUACAAAGGCUGCACCAAAGCAGAAGAUUGUGAAGCCAGUGAAAGUUUCUGCUCCUCGUGUUGGUGGAAAACGCUAACUUACGGUGUUUUGGUUAUGUCAAAUAAAUAUUUGACUUAUAACUUC